AUGGGGAGUCAACUGCUGCCGGCGGCGGCGGCGAAAGCCCCGUCGACCCCGUCCACCACCACCACUAGCACCACCACCGCCGCCAACGGAAGCACCACCACCACAACCAAAACCACCUCCACCUCCACCUCCGCCGAUGGCACCCCUACCAUCACAACCACCAGCACCACCACCACAACAACAACCACAACCACGGUCACUGCCGCCGCCGCCGCCACCACCACCAUAUCGUCCCUCAGCGAAGACGACCUCCGCGAGAUCUUCCUCCGCCUCCCGAACCUCCGGGCCCUCAUCCGCGCCGCGCUCACCUGCCGCGCAUGGCUCGGCGCCGUCCGCGCCUCCCGGCCCUUCCGCCGCCUGUUCCGCGCCCUCCACCCGGCGCCGCUCCUCGGGCUCUUCAUCCCAAUCGACGGCAGCGCCAACCCCUCCUUCGCCCCGCUGCGCCGCCGCUCAGAUCCCGACGUCACCGCCGCCCUCCGUGGCGGCGACUUCUUCCUCACCUCCCUCCCGCUCGAGGCCGACCCAUCCAAGGGCUGGAGCCUCAUGGACUGCCGCGACGGCUACCUCCUCCUAUGGAACAUGCUCUCCCUCGCCGCCGUGAACCCCUUAACCUGGGCCGUCGACAUCAUCCCGAUGCCCGGCGACGAUGUGCAGGCCGGGAGUCGGCGCCAUUUCUCCUUCCUUGGUUUCCAUCUGCUGUGCUCCGACGAGCACCCGUCGUCGUUCCGCGUGGUCUGUGUCUGCUCGGACCCGCAAAGGAUCCGUGCCGCCGUCUUCUCGUCGGAGACGUGGGAUUGGGUCGUCCACCCGUGGGUGCACGUCGGCGGUAACCGCAGCCUGAAGUUCAAUGCUGGUACGCUGGCGAAUGGUUCCAUUUACUGGCCUGUCGACGGUGAACCCCGCACGAUUAGGAUAAACACGGCCACCAUGGAUGUCUCCUCUGUGGAUCUACCCUCUCAAGUGAAGGUGCACGGAUUCAGUUUCAGUGCCGGGGACACCAAGGAUGGCCAACUAUGCAUCGUCUAUGAAUCGGAUUUCUUCCUUCAUGUUUGGAUCCGUGGCGUGGACGGUGAUGGAAUCGAGGUUUGGGUUCCGGACACUGUAAUCGAUUUGAGUGCAGAAAUUGAUCGGGUCACUCAUGGGUUCGCUCUCGACUUGCAUGGCGACCUCAAGGUUAUGGAAGUUAGGUCUGGAUACAUCUACUUGUCCACGACAUGCUUGACCCCUGCUGGCACGCUCCACUGCUGGUUCUUCUCCCUUUCCUUGGAGACCUUGGUGCUUGAGUUACUUGUCUCGGGGAAAUUCGACGGUUGUGCCCAUCUGUAUAGUAUGGCCUGGCCUCCUUCUUUGGUUGGUGAUGAUGGGACUCAUGAAAUCGAAGGUUUUAACUGA